AUGGCGUCUAGCUCAGGACUGAGCGCGAAACUCAAUGCCGCGAAGGCAAAAGUUAGUCCCUCAUCUCUCCCAAUUACAUUGGCCACAUUCGCAAUCAUCACGCUCGUCGUCGGCGCAGAAAAGCACGUCUUCACGGCUCACAAGGAGAUCUUGAUGCGAAAAUCUCCCUUCUUUGAAAAAUGUCUUUCCUCGGGAAUGAAAGAAAGCAUGACCAAUAUGAUUCACCUCCCAACAGAUGAGUCUGCAGAGUUCAGCUUGAUACUGUCUUGGAUUUAUGGUGAUACGGACCUGAAAUUUACCGAAGCUAAUUCCCAAAAGUACAUCGAAACAUUCCCAAAAGCGUGGCUAUUGGCGCAGAGACUGUGCAUGCCGGAUUGCCAGGACUGGCUCAUUGAUUGCAUGAUGGUAUGGCUUCAGAGCUCUAAAGUCCCAAAAAACCUGAUUUUGUGGUUGCUGGAUCCCGACAAUAUUGACUUGGAAUAUGAUGAGCUGAAGGAAUGCCCAUUAUUCAAACUGUUUUAUGAUGAACUGGUCUGGAACUUUCAAAUUUACGACAACCACCCCAAUGAGGAUGAAUCCUCACGAUGUGAAUUUGUCCAGAAACUCAACGAGCUGACAAAAUGGUGGCCAGACUGCAAGGUCAGUAUUGUACAGCUCGUUUAUGAUAUUGGUGUGGUCUCCAAGAAGCAAUCCACAGAGCCGGCAAGGAAGAGAGGAUGUCAAUACCAUGUGCACCCGAAGUACGAGCCUUGUGCCCAAAAGAAGUGA